AUGAAAAGGGCAUUCUCCAAUUUAUCAUCUAGGCUGCUUAAAUCUGAAAGCGAUGAACUAAAGGCAACUAUACAAUUCUUAACGAGAGCUUCUAAGCGGCCAUCUUUAACGUCGUUGUUGGAUGCUGAAAGUGGUCAGAAUCAUGUCGAAAGAGUUUUGAAAGUUCUCAAUUCUACGUUGCCUGAAGUGGAUUCGCAAAAGAAGCGUGUUCAAACUCAUUAUGACAUUUUGUUUAGCCAGUUGAAAGAUAUUGCACGUCAGUCAUCUCAGAAACCGUUACAGAAUGGCUUAGAGAGUUCUGAAAAACUGUACAACUAUUUACUCCUUCAACAGUAUAUGGGUAAAUUGCAAACUGUCCCACAAAUGGCUAGAAUUGUACUGUCCAAGACUUUCCAAGACUUUGAUAAAUUAUGGGAGAACUUAACCAUGUUUGAUGCUAAGCAACAAUUACAUCUUUCAGUACUUCUUUACUACCGCUGUGGUAACCCUAUCAUACGGCAACAGUUUGAAGACCAAUGGCUAGAUAAAUAUGGCGAAAUGCACAUUUCUGUACAAAGAUUAUUAUGGAAAUGUCUUACGAGGGAGUGUCAAACCUCUGCAGAAUUAGAACAUGUUGUGCAAAUUAGCCGUCAAAGUAUAAGAAGUUGGUCAGCACACGAUGAAGUGGUAUUAUACCAAUCCAUCUAUACCAAAUGCCAUCUCUUACCGACUCCAGGAGAAUCAUUGACCAAAAAUCAAGAAUUAUUCAUAGCUACCUUGAGGAUUCUUGCCAGACACAACGUUCAUAAAAGAGAUAUGCUUAAAAUCGUUAAGCUAAGCAUUGAGAACCGGUUAGCCAAUGAGACUUCUGAAGAGACAUCGGUAAUUUCCAUCUAUCAGUAUCGAUUCAUAAGAGCACUUGAUUUAGCGGUACAAGACGUUUAUUCCUCAUGUGAGGGCAAGAAAAACGCCAACGAACUACAAAACGAACUGCAACAAGUCCUCGCAAGCGUCAAUGACGAGGAGCAAGAGGUCAAAUCACAGAUGUCAUUGAAAUUUAUAUGA